UCAUGUUUACUGCCGACGGCGUUGUCUGCAAUUUGGUUUCAUUGAGAUUCAAAUGAAGUGGUUCAGAUCCGCUACGGUAUUUUUCAGUUUUAGUUUGCAAUUCGAAGUGUGUGAAAAACGAGUUAAAAAGGUCCAAUGUUCUGGGAUUUCAGUACUGUUAAAAUUCUUUCAGUAGCGUUUGAACAGCGAUGACAGUGUUUUGAAAUUAAUAUCCGAAAAUGGCAAUUAGCUGUUCGAGUUACGUUGUCUUCUUUGCGUUGUUAGUGGUUACGUUUAUCGAUAAAAUGGGUUUAUGUUUAGAAGUCGACGAAGAAUGCGUUUUUGACGCCACCAAUGAACGCGGAAUAUGCAAAAUAUCUCACGAUUGCCCAGAGGUCGAAGAACUAGCCAAAAGGGGGAUUCAACCAUCAAUUUGUGGAUUUUACCAGUUAACAGUACCCAUCGUGUGUUGUGAAAAUAAGAACUACAACAGUCCACCACAUGUGGUGAACGAUCACGUGAUUUACAACCCAGAUCAAGAUACAAUCGCAUUCCCGGAAGAUACGCCGAAUCUGCAGCAAAAUUCGUCACCUGCAGAAUCGUUACGAAAAAGCGAGCAAAAAUGCAUCGAAUACACAAAACCAGUGACUGAUGUCGUCCACGCAAUUCCCUUGGUAACGCAUAUUGAACCAAUCACCAUCAACGUGGAAAAAUGCGAAUAUAAUAGUGUAGCCCUCAUCGUUGGAGGAACCCCUGCUUCUGCUGCGGAAUUUCCUUUCAUGGCUGCAUUGGGUUUCCUGUCUGAUGCGUCAAACAUCGAAUGGAAAUGCGGGGCGACCUUAAUAAGUGAAAGAUUUCUUUUGACGGCCGCACAUUGUUCAUUUUCUAGAGAUGCAGACGCCCCCAAAAUUAUAAGACUUGGAGAGUUGGAUUUCUCAAGAUCAGACGAUUCGGAACAUGUUGAUUACGACAUUCAGCAAAUUAUAGUGCAUCCUAAUUAUCGGUACCCACAAAAAUAUCACGACAUCGCAUUAGUUCAGUCCACCAGAACCAUUAAAUUUACCAAAUACAUUCGACCCGCAUGUCUUUACACCAAAAUCGAUGUAGGUCAAAAUAGUUUAAUCGCUACCGGAUGGGGUAAGACAGAUUUUGCCGCAGAUAACAGCGAUAAACUUUUGAAAGUGACCUUAAGGUUGUAUAGCAACGACGAAUGCAUAAGAACUUACAGAACCAACAAAUAUAUACCCCUCGGGAUCCAAUCUAACAUGUUAUGCGCUGGCGAUCUCAGAGGUGGAAGGGAUACCUGCCAGGGCGAUUCUGGUGGUCCUCUCCUCAUUACACAAAAAGAGAACCAAUGCAAAUUUUACGUAAUUGGAGUGACAUCGUUCGGGAAAUCUUGCGGGCAAGUCCAAACACCAGCUGUAUACACCAAAGUGUCAGAAUAUGUUCAAUGGAUUGAAGAUCAAAUAUGGUAGAAUAUAAUUUUAAUGUGUAUUUAUGAUGUAAAAGGUUUGGUUUUAAUUAUAUGCGCCAAUCUAUUUUGAAA